CGUUAAUUGGUCGGGUUUAGUCCGCGUACAUACAUACAUCCUUCUAGAGUAAGAAAGCACCCCGAGUGCACAUGGGUGCCUCUAAUUCUAGAAGUAUAACGCGUACCAUAUAGGCAUUCACGAGUCGGCCAUACUGAAUUGAAAGUGAUAAAUAUCGGGGGCCCUGACGGCCAGAAAACGACUGUCUAAAGACUUAUCCAUAAGUCUACUUGAAGUUCGGUUACACAAACAAUCGAAGGACAGUGUCGAUGUUUGUCCAUAUGCACUUCAUUGCACGCAACAGUACAGUCCGCGUUCAUUUCAUCUCUUUCUGUGUGGGUGCGCAUGCGUGCACAAUUACAUCAGACCGUUGUGCUAACGUCUUUUCAGCCUACCCAUCGCGACCCUGACGCUACGGCGACAGCUAGCUCAGUGGUUAACGGUUAACUCUAGUGUUUCCAACCCUCAAGUCUUUGCUUUACAGACACGAUGAGGGGCAAGCACGGCCAAGACGGUUUCUCCGCUCUCCCGGAACAGCGCGCCGAGAGGCAGAGACACCGGGCAGACGCGCCGUUCUACCCGGAGGGUGGCUGGGGUUACGUGGUGGUGCUUGCCGCUUUCACGGCACUGAUGAUACAGAUGGGCCUCAUCGUGUCCAUGGGAGUGUACCUAGAGCACAUCGAGAGGGAGUUCGAGUUGGGUGCCGGGCUGAGUGGCUGGAUCUCGAGUGGCUGUUUUGCCGUCCUCGCCUUCGUGUCCCCUCUCGCAAGUCACGUGAUGAAACGACUGGGCUGCCGACCCACUGCGAUGCUAGGGGGCGCUAUUAUGUGCACUGGCUUCGUCUGCGGAACGUUUGCCAACUCCGUUGUCCAAUUGUUUGUAUUUGCUGACGUCAUUGGAGGCAUUGGAGCAUCCAUGUGCCACAUUUCAGGUACAGUGGUGAUCGGACAAUAUUUCAACAAACGUUACGCACUGGCCAACGGAUUUGCCUACACGGGACAGGGCGUGGGCAUCUUUAUGUUCCCGCCCAUUCUGCAGGCCCUGAUCAACACGUACGGCUGGCGCGGCUGUAUGCUGGUGCAGGGCGCCCUCUCGCUACACAUAUCGGUCGCUGCCGCCCUGUACAGGCCCGUGAAACAGCCGUCGGCCGAUCCCAUUAAAAGUGCCUCGGAGGACAGUCGGGAAGGGGUGUGCAUUCACUGCCCAAACGAGAAUCAAAAUAACGGCGGCGACUCCGUCUCGUGGUCCGCAGCAAGCGAGGAAUCGGACAACAAAACGGAUUCCACGGCUGUUUCUGCAUCCGAACUUGACUCGUCCAAACCCUCCGUUCCCGGCAACUCUACGAACAGCCUAGAAAAUGUUGGACUGGAGACGCCCAUGAUUCUUAUCACCGAAAGACUGGACACCGAAAUACGUCCCACAUUUUCCGAGAGUCGAAUGGAGAUUCCGACGAUUGUUUGCACAUCCGACCCCGAUUCAUUUCCCACUGAUUCAAUCAAAGGUAUGGAAUUUGUCGGUUCAAAGUUCCACAUGGAUAACCUUGAAGAACACAGGGAGCAUUUUCAACCGGAGCCACAAGAAGACACACAUUUUUUGACCGAAUUCGAAGUGAAGCCUCAGAUGUGUCUUUCAGCUCACCUCACCUCCUCUAAUGCCUCUCUCAGGAAUGUUUCCACUGUUAGCCUGGCGUCUUCCGGCAUCCAAACUGUCGUCACUAAAAGUGACGAAUGCGAGAGUGCUUUGGAGGAAGAUGGAGAAUUUGGGGUUCUGGGAGCUGGAGCGAGGGGUAACAGUCGGCACAAGUGUCUGGUCGUUUGGCGGAUGGUUCGCAAUCAUCCCUCCAUCUGCUUCGUGUUCCUCAUCUUUCUCUUCGAGACCUUCGGCUAUGGAGGGUUCUUCUCCCACGUGGUCGCCAAGGCACGGGAGACGGGAAUCGAAGAAGGGCCGGCAACCUUCGCCCUGUCCGUCUUUGGAAUUGGCAGUCUUGUUGGGCGGAUCACGAACGGCUUCAUUCUCCAUCACGGGCACCUUACUGGGAAGGGGCUGAACGCUUUGGCCCUGGUCACGGCCGGCGUGGCGUCUGCUCUAACAUCAGCGGUAGUCAGCCAAGGGGGACUGUUCACCGCAGCUUUCUUCUCGGGCCUCGGGAGCGGAUGGUACCUGCCCCUCCAGCAGGUGCUGCUGAGGGACAUCGUGGGGCAGGCCAGGCUCCAUUUGGCCUACGGGUACGGGUUGUUGUUCGAGGGAGCUGGAUCACUGGCAGGUGGAUUUGUCAUAGGUUCCAUUCGAGAUGUGUACGACUCAUAUGAGGUGUCCUUCUACUUCCUGGGCAUGGUCAUGGUCUUGGGGGCAUGCGUCUUGGCUGUGGAUCGCUACUUCGAAAAGCGUGGCUUGUGCCUGGGUAAGGACCGCCGUGAUUGGAUGGCAUACUCCAUUGAUGCUAAGAAACAACCAAUCACCGACAAUUUUGAAAAGGCGACACCUGUAUGAAAUUAGCAGAUUUGUUCAAACUUGUAUUGUGUAUUGAUACUUUUUGGGUGGACUUAUUGUCCCAUGACAAUUCAGGCAAUAGUACAUGCCUUAUAUUUCUAACAAAAAGCUGAGGUGUUGUUCCUUUUUGAUGAAUGUUUUGAAUGUUCCCAGAUUUAGAUACAGGAAAAUGUGUUGUGUUUCAGAGGUUUUUUAUACGGGCUCCUGAUCCUAUGUCAUGUAGGAUUUAUGUGAGUGGCAGUAUGCAAUUUUUCAAGGUAGGCCUAGAAUGUUCAGCGUCAUAAUUUGAACUGGAUAGAACGAUCGAGUGACUGAAGUACAGAGGUAGAAUGGUUCCAUCCCUUUUGUUGAAAACACAGACAAAUUGUGCUUAAGGCUUCACCCUCGUUGGAAUGUGUUCAAUCCUAAAUGCAUAAGAACAACAUGUUUUGAUGCCUUGAUUCGUAUGAAAAUGUGCUAAUUUUUUUUUUUUUUUUUUACAGUAGAUUAAUCAAUUUAUCCAUACGUCUUUGGCGCUUGCGCUGUUGGGUGAUAAUAAUAUUUUAUUCGGCAAAUUUACAUAUAUACACCUGAUUACAAUAAAUACAUAAAAUUUGAUAUUAAAACAAAAGAACAUAUGUAUGAAAUGAAAUUAAAAAUAACAAUGAGUGUGAACCAGUCAAAUCCAACAGUGCCUAUAACAUGGGCAUUUGGCUUGUCAAUGCCUAUUGUUCAUGUUACAUGUACGAAGCCUUUUCAUUAAAAUAUUCAUGCGCACAACACUAAAAGUACAAAAUUAAUUGGUGCAUGUAUUUGUAAUGCACAUAGGAACUGCACAAUUCGACUAGUACCGGUAUAUAAGAUAUGUCGUUUGCAUUGUUUUGAACGCAAAAGUAUUGGUAUGCCUUGAUUCUUGUAUUGUUUUAACAUGGGGAUAGAAUUAGAUCUAUGGUUAUAACUAUAAGGUACAUGAUUUCAAUUUUGUGGCAAACUUAACCGCAAGCUUGGUGCCAUUUUGUAAAUUGUUAAAUUUCAUAUUUUCUUAUUUUUCUAAUUACCUGGCCGAAUUUUCGAUGCAAUUCCAAGGCCUUUUAUUAAUAUCUUUCCACUAUGGAUGUCAUGUAUAUACUAAAGGCAAAGUAUGGAGUGCAUUUCAUGGGCACAUUUUCACGCAUUGAAUAGUUUCAAACAUAAUAUGUAGAAUUUUGCACAUUCAAUCGCAAAAAUUUAUAUCUAGGAAAUGAAUAUUUUAUAUGAUUCUAUUUCUCAAAAUUUAUCUCUUUUAAAUAUAUACGAAGACCAACAUGUAAUGACAGACUGUAUCUGGUUUGAAUAAAUCUAUUUAUACUUAAGAAUUUCGAACUUAGCAAAUUAUAAGAUUAUAUAAGAGAAUUUAGAAAGAAGCUAGGCGAGCAGACUACAUGUAUUAUAAUUUGUUUCCUUUGAAACUUUGUUUGUUGAAGCUAUAAAUAAAAAUUUUGAUAUCAUUUGUACAUCU